CUCAAGUUUCUCGACCCAAAAGAGGCAGAGAGACAUUUAGCACCCAACACGCCAUCGCCAUCUUUCGGUGCAAAUAAUUACAUAAACGUCUUAUGAGGCAACCAAUUUAGCAAAAGGUUAGAAAAGAAAAGGAAAACUUCUUACAUCAAAAUUGAAGACGCUUUGUGUGCGAGUUGAGAAGAGCAAAGAUGGCAGGGGAAAACGAACCAGCAAAGCUGUUAUUGCCUUAUCUUCAACGAGCCGAUGAAUUGCAGAAGCACGAACCCCUCGUUGCUUACUAUUGUCGAUUAUAUGCGAUGGAACGAGGAUUGAAGAUCCCCCAGAGCGAGCGUACUAAGACCACCAACUCUCUCCUCGUUUCCCUCAUGAAUCAACUUGAGAAGGACAAAAAGUCACUGCAGCUGGGGCCUGAUGAUCAUUUACACCUUGAGGGAUUUGCCAUGAAUGUGUUUUCUAAGGCAGACAAGCAGGAUCGUGCUGGAAAAGCUGACCUGAACACAGCAAAGACUUUUUAUGCUGCUAGCAUUUUCUUUGAAAUAAUCAACCAGUUUGGUGAACUUCAGCCUGAUCUUGAACAGAAGCAGAAAUAUGCGGCCUGGAAAGCAGCAGAUAUCAGGAAAGCUUUGAAAGAAGGGAGGAAACCUGUACCAGGUCCUCCCGGGGGUGAGAAGGACUUAUCUGUGCCACCAAGUACAUCAAGUGGUGAAUACGACCUUGAAUCAAGAAGUAGUGACCCAGCACUUCAGGACCUUGAACAGAGAAGAACUGAUGUGCCUUUCCAGGACAUUGAACCAAGAAGUGAUACCAUUAUUAGACCCUCAACCGGAGCUGAUUAUCCACCUCAACCGGGAAGUGAUGCUGCUACGAGACCUACAUUUGAGUCAGAUUCGUCUCCUCAAACAUAUGACACAGUUAACUUCCACCAUUCUGCAAAUAUUCCUCCCCCUUCCAACCUAGUGGCAUCACCUUCGUCAAAUUUACCUCCAUCUCCUUAUCCUGCUGAUGAUUAUCCUUCACAUACUUUCCAUCAGCCUCCUUCAACCAACGGAUCUGAAAAUUAUUCCCAAUUCUAUCAUCAACAAGCAUACCGACAUGAAGCCCAGCAGCACUAUCCUUCACAUGAUGUUCCCUCUUACUCAUAUCCCCAUUUUCAGUCUUAUCCUAGUUUUACUGAGAGUAGCCUUCCCACUGCUCCAUCUCACUAUCCUUCACAAUAUCAAGGUUCUGAUGCUUCCUACUCUACAACAUCAGCUCCUAGUACCACCAAUUAUGCAUCAGGUACAGAGUAUAAUUCAGCUGGUGGAAAUGGGAGUGUUUCAGAACCUAAAAUAACUGCUGCACAAACAUAUCACUAUGACAGCAGUUACCAGCCUCCGCCUGAAAAGAUUGCUGAAGCACACAAGGCUGCAAGAUUUGCAGUUGGAGCCUUGGCAUUUGAUGAUGUUUCUGUUGCUGUGGAUCACCUUAAGAAGUCACUUGAGUUAUUAACACUUCCAUCUGCUGGUCACUGAAUUCUUGAUUUUGGAUAUUUGCUUUGGUGAUGUUCCUUUUAUGGCCAGCUUCUUUUCUUGUUUACUUGUAAAGAUGGGUAGCAGUUAUUGAGAAGUUAUUGGAUUUUGUACACUUGCUGGUUUGGAAGUUGGUUGUGCAUUAAGAAAUUUGUGCGUCAUUG